AUGCCUUUCACCGCAUCCGAUAUCUGCAAGAUCAUCCUUGCCAUCAUCCUCCCUCCUCUGGGUGUCUUCCUGGAGCGAGGAUGCAAUGCGGAUUUCUUCAUCAACAUCCUGCUCACCAUUCUGGGUUACAUUCCCGGUAUCAUCCACGCUCUGUAUGUUGAAGCGCAUCCUUCUCCGCCGAGCGAUAAGAGCUAA